AUGUCGGCCAUCAGCACAACAUCGGUCCUCGAGGGCAUGGCCAGGGCCCUGCCUACACAUACACAGGGUGACGACUCGUCCGACCUGGCCAGCUCCUAUGAGGCCAUCGGCCUGCUCCUGCACUCCUACCUCUCAGAGCUGGGCUUUAAGCUCAUCGGCUUCCACGAGGAUAGGCCACUAGCCGAGUGCCAGUCUCUCGCUCCCCGCCUCCCCGCCUCCUGGAACGCAGGGUACGGCUCCCUCGGCUUCGUCUACACCCACGAGCAGCAGCCGUCCGACAAGACCAACUACGUCUUCCGCGUCGAUAAGAUGGGUGCCAGAGUCGAGAUUCGCGGAACAGCCUCCUCCUCCUCCUCCUCCUCCUCCUCUUCCGAGAGCAAUACCAUCCACCGCUUCGACCUUGCCGUCCGCGACGUCGUCCAGUCCAGCGGCCUGCCCGUGCGCAUCACCCUCGACGGUGAAGGCAGGGACAAUGGCAACCGCCAGGACCUCGUCGAGACGCUGCGUCGCGUCUUUGUCUCCGAUGCCGCAAUCACCAGCCUUAUCCAGGAUGUUAGCGCCAAGAUUGUACAAAACCUGCUCGGCACAACUGCCACCGCCGCCACAGCCGCCGCCGCCGCCGUCGAGGCGCGUGCGGAUGACGCUGCUGACGAGCGCAGGCUGCGCGAGGAACGUUUCCAGCAAGAGCGCCAAGACCUAAACAGACUUUUUCCGGGCCACGCACAGCCCUCGGCGGCCGACAUUCCCGCCCCGCGAGCUGGCCCGCUGCCCGAGGCGGCACGGCCCCGCCCCAGCGUGCCCACCGGGGAGUUUCUGCCGCCCGGCUUCGACGACGAAUACGACAUCAACCGCCCUCCUGGCGGCAUGACGGGCGGGCUUGCCAUGCCUCCCCUCAAUAUAGGUCACGAUGACCUGCACCCGCCGGGGCUCGGGCCCCACGACCCCCUUCGCGGAUCUGGGCUGCCCGCCGGCCUGGGCGGCGGUGGCUUCGGCGGCAUGCACCCGUCCUUUGACGAUCCGCUCUUUACGGGUCAAGGAGGUCGCGCCGGUUCGGGCGGCGGUGGUGGCAUCGACUUCGACCCUCAGGUGCCGCCCGGAGCCCGAUAUGACCCUCCCGGCCCUGGCGGCGACCCCGUCGGCCCUGAUGGCGGACCCCGCCGCCAGCAGCGUUACUAUGGACCCCAAGGUGGCAAUCCGUUUGGCGGCAGUGGCCAUCCAUUCGGCGGCGGUGGUGGAAUCAUUUAA